AUGGCGCUGACAAACUUUACUGAAGAUGAAAACAAGAAAACAUUCAUAGAACUGUUCUGCUCGGCGGAGUUUAUUAGAGGUGUAGAUAGCGAGCUUAUCUUUCUCUCAGCCAUAAAUAUUUUCCUGUCCAUUACUGCAUUUCUGGGGAACACUUUGAUCCUAGUUGCCCUACACAAGGAAACUUCACUUCAUCCGCCGUCCAAACUCCUGUAUCGUAACCUAGCGAUAACUGAUCUCUGUGUUGGUAUCAUUGUGGAGCCUUUGUAUGUGACGAAUUGGACUUCUGUCGUGAAAGAAAGAUGGGAUGUUUGCUAUUAUUCAAUUCGGACAGCAGCUUUCUCAGGUUAUACUUUGUGUGUAGUGUCUGCAUUAACAUUGACGGCAAUAAGCGUGGACAGACUUCUCGCCUUGUUGCUGGGGCUCAGAUACAGACAAGUUGUAACUUUGAGAAGAACGAGUAUAACUGUGAUAGGUUUUUGGAUUUUGUCCAUCGUUGGUGCAUCUACUAUUAUUUGGAAUCUAUUCAUUUUCACAUGGUAUCAAUACAUAGUUGCAGCUUUGUGUCCAGUCACCACAAUCUUCGCUUACACAAAAAUUUUCUGUACUCUGCGUCAUCACCAAAUUCAUUUUCAGAACCACGUUGCUCAAGGACAACCGAGCCAAGCAAUUCCACUGAACAUAGCUCAAUACAGAAAGGCAGUCUACAGUGCACUGUGGGUGCAGGGAACAAUGGUUGUUUGUUAUCUGCCGUUUACUAUAGUGGUCGCUUUGAUGCCUCAAAGAGGGAUACCUAUAUCCGCAUAUCGUGCUUGGCAUUUUACGGCUACCUUAGUUUACUUGAACUCGUCUUUAAAUCCCUUGCUGUACUGUUGGAAGAUCAGUGAAGUAAGAGAAGCUGUGAAAGAAACAUUAAGGCAACUCUUCUGUUGAUCGAGUUAGUUUACUAUGCUUUUCAGCUGAAAAAUCAUACUGAUAAAUACUAACUACAAAUACUCGCCUUUUUGUCAUGUCUUAUAAACUGCCGUUUAAUUAGUCGAGCUUGCUUUAGCAGAGCGACAAUCUAAAAAUGCAGCCGUUUUUUUUUUUCGUCAGUCUUCCCCAAAUGGUCGGCCAUGGUCCCAGGGGUCCCUAGCGGAGACCUUGGAAAAUAGGGAUAACAAUCGUGACGACUUCCGUUGUAAUAAUAAUAAUAAUAUGUAUUGCUUUUAUUGCGCACUUUAACAUUGAAAAAUAUGAUCAAAUGCCCAUAACGCUUGAAUAAGACUAAAAACAAAAGAUAUAUUACAUACUCUCUAUAUACUAAAGCUUAAUCAGUUGUUACAUUUCCUUAUUCCUAAUAGGUAAUUUAGCAUAACUCAUAACAAGUAAGAAGUACUGAAGAGAAGAUAAAAGUAGACAAUAAAAACCAUAGAUAGCUCAAGACAGGUCCAAUUAGGCCUCUUUAAAAUAGUGCCUCUUAAUGAGUCUCUUAAACAUAUCCAAAAUCACUCUCUUUCCUAAUAUAGUCCGGUAAACCGUUCCAUAUCUUUUUGAGCAGCUGUAGUAAAUGAUCUGUCCCCAAGAGUGCAUUUGAACUUAGUGGAAGGGUCUUGCAAAAUAACGCCAUAAUAUUUAUGAGAUUACUUAAAUACGCAGGCCCCAGAUUGUAAAUAGCCUUGAAAGAGAUCACAGCGAUUUUAUAGCAAAUGUGGAACUUCACCGGUAACCAAUGCAGUGCAAGCAGCACUGGGGUAAUAUGACAGUAUUCUGGGUGUAUGGGUGAUAAGUCGCGCUGCGGAAUUCUGAAGACGUUGCAACAGAUUUGAAAAGACGCACAGCUGGUACACUAUUUAAUAGAGAACACCGUUGCAAUAAUAAAUGCGUGCCAUGAUCACGCCUUGUACAAGCCGUUUGGUGGAAGCAGGCGUCAAGAGCUUCCUUAUUUGUCUGAUAUUAUGCAGGUGAUAGUAGACUGUUUGACAAGUCUUGUUAAUCUGUUCUGUCGUCAAACCACAAGCCAAGGUGAGUCUCGUCAUGAGCAUGCGGUUUAUUUUCGGCGAUGACUGAAAUGACGCAUGUAAGUUGAUCGCGACUAAAUGCAGUGCAGUGAAAUGGCAGUCAGCAGACAAAUUUUCAUAUACCCUACCACUAGCCGAGGUUUCUUUCCAGUAUGGUCUUAAGCAUUUACGAAGUUUUUCACUUAGUUGCCUCCCAUACCAGACACAAAAAUUAAAACCAUUGUUGCUAUCACUAAUUAUACCUUUUUUCGGCCAUCUGACUUCAAGCUGGUUAAUAAUGCUUAUAACGCUCGCCUGGGGAAAUGGUUCUGUGAUGAGUCAAGCUUAUAACUUAAUCGUUUGUGUUAUUGGAAUUUUCUGCCAAAUUACUGCAAUGUAAGUUGUCAUACGUCAAGCUUGUCAUUAUUAAUAAUCUUCCUUUCACCUGAGCAUGGGACAGGCUACAUCAUGACCAUUAUAGUUCGAAAUUCGCUUAAACAAUUAACAACAAAAUUCGUGGCGAGGGCUACUGUAUAGGCAUUGAAUACACAUUAACCGUUCUAUUUUGCCCAAAACAAGGUGUAAAGAGAAACACGAGCACGUACUAGAAAGCGUCCGGUUUUAGUUUUACCCGUUUACCCAGAUGAAAACAAAUUGACCCAUACGACCACAUAAUAUUUUGCAAAAAUAGUGCUAAUACCAUCGUACUAUGUGAAUACACCCGAAAAACGGACCUUUAUUAUAAUAGGGGUACAUAUAACGUAAACGGCCUGGAACUAACGUGAAGCCGGAUCUUGGUGUAGAUCGGGAUCAGUAAUGUAGAAUAAAACUUUACAGCAAAUGCAAGCUGACAGCUGAAAGAUAGGGUAAUUUAAUAGCCCGAUAUUCUGGUUAGACAAUACUAUCCUUCGUCCGGGGCUACGAAAAGUAUAUAGUAAAUUGUGAAAUCUGAUAAAUAGGUUGAAAAAGGCUACGAACAGUCGAUAUUUCGCUUUCUAUAUGUGUUUUUGGGAGGAAAGGAAAGAAAAUUAAAAAUACGAAUAACAAGAAUCUACGUGUUGUGAAUUUUCAUUUGCUGGGCUAUAAACAUGAAUUAACAUAAAUAGCAGUCAGGUGUUUAUAAAAAAAGACCUGAGCUAUAAUCAAAAUUAGUCCAGAAAAAUGUUGUUACCAUAUUGCGAAUAUCUUUACUAUAUACCUAAGUACUAUUGAUAGUUUUGGGGUACGUUCAAUCGAAAUGAGUGUCCUUGGUAAUUAUAAUGGCUUCGUCUUUUUACCUAUCUAAACAGAGCCGAAAAUCAGAAACUAAACAUGAUUGAUUGACGUUGAUUGACAUGUUUGGACUGUUGAUACUGAAGAUCGACUCCCUUUCUACAAGGGAAUUAUAUAUUUUACUGCUGGUCUCUAUGCGUACGCCAGUCAAAUCUGGCCACGCACGAUUGGUAAUAUAACUAAUUAAUUUGUUAAUGACGCACAUGUAUUACGCUCUUCUAGCUAGGAAAAUGGUGACGGCUUAAGCUUAUUAGCAGCUUCUGUUACUGGAAUUUUUUGCCAAAUCUUUGCAAGUUUAAUGGAAAAUUGACGUCAAGGUUGAACUGUAACGAAAACAUAUUUAGAUCUAAAAAGUCAUUAAUUAAAUUGUUCCUCGAGGUUUAACCUGGCUCAUCAUAUGGUUCGACUAGGGUUAGUUUAAAAAACUACAACUUUAGUAAAUCCUUCAUCCCCGUCAGGGGUCUGGCCCGACUAAGAAUACGCACUGUUUCCUAUAUACGGACUCCAGCUUUUACGAACAAAACAGAAUUCGUUUUUUUUUUCUCUCUUUUUGUAGAACAAGAUAAUAAAAAUUAAAUAAACACAAGAAGGAUUAACAAUGGUAAUCAUCGCAUAUCCAGCCCACUUAGGUCAACAGUUGAUUUAAGAGAUACAGAAUAUCAUUACAGUUCCAGCCAAAUUAAAAAAGCGACAUGUAAAUAAAGACUCAUUUGCACCUCAAUUCAUCGCAGACAAAGAUGGCACUGACAAAUUGUACUGAAGAUGAAAACCGCCUUAAACCUUUCAGAGAACUGUUCUGCUCGGCCGAAUAUAUCAGAGAUGUAGAUGGCGAGUUUAUUAUUCUUUCAACUUUAAGUAUUUUUCUGUCCAUUACUGCAUUUCUGGGGAACACUCUGAUCCUCGUUGCCCUACACAAGGAAACUUCACUUCAUCCACCUUCCAAACUCCUGUAUCGUAACCUAGCGAUAACUGAUCUCUGUGUUGGUAUCAUUGUGGAUCCUUUGGCUGUGACUUAUUUGACUUCUGUUGUAAAGGAAAGAUGGGAUAUUUGCUAUCACGCAAAUUGGGCGGCAAAUUUCUUAAGUUAUACUUUGUGCACAGUGUCUUUACUAACAUUGACUGCAAUAAGCGUGGACAGACUUCUCGCCUUGUUGCUGGGGCUCAGAUACAAACAAGUUGUAACUUUGAGAAGAACAUACAUAACUGUAAUAGUUUUUUGGAUUUUUUCUGCUGUCGGUGCAUCUGCUUGGUUUUGGAAUCCCCUAAUAAAUUCCAUGUCUCGAUAUUUAGUUGGAGCUCUGUGUCUAGUCACCACAAUCGUUGCUUACACAAAAAUUUUCUUCUCUCUGCGUCAUAAUCAGAUUCAUAACCAUGUUGCUCAAGGACAACCGAGCGAAACAAUUCCACUGAACAUAGAUCGUUACCGAAAGGCAGUGUACGCGGCACUGUGGUUGCAAGGAACAUUGGUUAUUUGUUAUCUUCCGUAUGUUAUAGCGGUAGCUUUGACACCUCAAAGAAGGAUGCCUUUAUCGAUCUACCUUGCUCGGAGUUUUACGCUUAACAUCAUUUACUUGAACUCGUCAUUAAACCCGUUGCUGUACUGUUGGCAGAUCAGAGAAGUGAGGCAAGCUGUGAAAGAAACAUUAAGGCAUUUCUUUCGUUGAUCGACUGUAGUCGUUUUCGAUCUGUGCUUUCCAGCAUUCAUGCUAUAUCAAAACCGUUCUUCCAAGGAGAAAUUGAACUUGAAUGAUUUUUAACUGUAAUUUUUAUUUUCGUAUGGCAAGCUUUGGGGCCAACCAUUCGCAGUAGGAUAUUCACUUAACAGAUGAUGACAAAUUCGUUAAGGAACCGUCGAGUAUAUUUUCCAGCUUCUUCUCCACUCCAAUCCUGGAUCAGUCUGCCCUGAUGCUUAAAGGGACUGUGACACGCUUUUGCGCAUGUGUGGCGUCUUGAUUUCUGGGUCUGGCGAACUUUUUUCAAGAUUGGAUUUUGGUGAAGAAAUCCUCUUCCAUCGGCCCUGAGAAGCCCGAGAAAACUAUUAUAUCAGCAUUCAAGAGUUAUUUGGUCCAUUCUGGAAGUUUUAAACGUAUAUUUUGUAUCUUUGUGCAAGCAUUGUCGAGAAAAUUCGAAGUCAUUGAGGAGAAUGUUAGGGUACAUUGUUGCUCAGUCUGCUUCAUUGUAUGCGCUUCUCUUCGUAAUCCUUACUAUUUAUUCAGUCUAUUCUGUCUACUUCCGUGUAACUAACUGUAUUCAGGGAUAUAUAUUAUAUAGAUAAAUUUGUUUUCAGGUAGGUUCGGAAAUCAAAAGUUCCACCAUAUCUCAAAUAUCUUUUGUUAAGGGUCAAAGGAUGGUGUUUACAAGCUGUCAGAACAGCUGAACACACUUUAGUUUUUACUAGCAAACCUUUGCUGGUCAGUUAAGUCCUUUGCUAAAAGAUUUUUGCACCCAUCUCUUUGGUGUUGGGAUCAAUCCAAAAUAGAAGUUGGACGCACGGUAAUUGUAGGAAACAUCAUAAGUGUAGUUUCAGUCUUUCACAACUAAAGGUUUAACUGAGGUUAAGAAACACCUCUUCAAGCUUAUGUAAGAAACACAGAAACAAGAUCAAAAGAUAGAAAUAGGUAGAUGUAUUCAGCUGUGGAAUAGGAAAACAAGCGUUUCCUCUUAACGAAGUUUGUUUACUUAAACCUGGAGUUGGUUCUCACUUUCGCUUCCAAACUUGAAUCAUAAUCAGAUUUCCUUAUCUCAUUAAAAUCUAACCUAAGGCCACGUGUCCUUACACCUUUCGAGUUCUUUGUUCUCUGUUGAACCAGUUUUAGCCAAAUUUCACUUACUUUUCUGACCUCAAACUAGAAUAUUUUUCGACACAAUCUUAGGAAAAUUUAGUUUCUUCCAAACUAUCGUUUUGGUUCCCUGUAAAGGAAUUUGGGUAUAGAGAUAUUUCUAGUUUUGCAAAUUUCUUGCACGCGUAGCGGGAAUCAACUCAAAUUCAGUUCCUUUUGUUUUCUAAACUCUGACACUUACUAACACCCUUUCCUUGGAUAUAAAUGCCAUGUAAAACUGUAGCUGUAACUUAAUUGUUUAAUAUAAAUAGAACCUCUUGUGAGUAGCUUCACAGUUACGCCUUGAGAUCUGGGAUAGCUAAGAGGAGUUUGUAACUUCAACGGAAAGAUUAAAACCAUCGUCAACUGCUAAACUCUGGUUGUGUCACCUCUCUUCACGUAAUCCUAAAGUCUGUAGAAGUCCCCCUCUAGAAGAAGUGCACCGGAAGCCAUAUUCUUUGUUGUCAGUGUUCCUACAAACGGAUCAAAUGUGGCGUUUAAUGUGUUCAUCUGGCUUUCAUUUGUGUCUAUUAAGUUCUCCAUUCAACGAUCUACCAUUUCCGGAUAGUUUUUAAACGUUAAAUAUGUAAAGAAAGUUGAAAAGGGUUUCCUCGAUAUAGACGUUGACUACAAAUGGGAGGCAGCGGCGAGGAAAGCUGAUCUGCGACAUGACUUCCGAUUGUCUGCAACAAUUUACUCUCUCGAGUGCCUGGAAUCAGAAGGAGAAAACCGAGUAAUCUUUUGUUGUACAGGAACCCGUGUGUGGUUUGAAGAAAGAAUCCAUCGAACAUGAAACGUUUUAACAAGCAUUCGAUGUCGCGCGAUCUUUACCGAUCGAGGUGGUUCACUUAGAAUGUUCCUUGUAUCUUUCCUGCAUGAGCGUAGAUGUUUAAGAAUUGAUCUUUUUAAAAUAAAUUGUUACCUGAAUGUUCUGUUAAUUAUCUGGUUUCUUUAUGUUUUGAACUCGAUAACGUUUGUUUUGCGAACACCCGACGGAACGACUCAGAACGAAUUCAGUCGGAUUAAAACUGUUUUCUAUUUGAAUGCAGCUGCCAUUUUUAGUGAUUCAGUCGGCCCUCGUCUACUUACCUUACUAGCUAAUUUACGGGGUCUUUAAAAAAUUAGCUUAACUGGUUAUUAGACUGUUCCCUCUUGUUGAAAGAUCAGAGAAGUAAGGCAAGCUGUAAAAUCAACUUUAAGGCAACUAUGCUGUUGAUCGAGAUAGUUUACAAUGCUUUCAGCUAUAGAUUCAUGAAAGUUUUGAAAAUUCUCCUUAUUCUAAUAUUUUUUGCCAUCGCAAGGUUUGUCCCUUUCUCAUUUUUCAAGAUCGUUUAAAUUAUCUGAUGCAAAAAAAAAAGCGAUGCAUUGCUUUUGUGAACUUUCGGUAGGAUGUGUUUUUAAUUUUCUUGAUCUGUAAAAUUGAGACAGAAAGCAAUUAAGGGCUGUAGUAUAAAUGAGAGCUAUAAAUCCACUUGCAAAUUGCGCAAAAGAUGUUUUUGUGUAUUUGAAUACUGUCUUCAAAAUUACGGCGUUUGGUUUUCUCUUUACAUUUUUCUAAUUUCACACUAUCGUACGCGAUAUUUCUAUGGGUAAAAUGGUUUGCUUUUCCUCCCAAACACCAAAGUGAGACCACCCGGGUGCGAGGGUAAUUCAACUGAAACCCUAGGCGAGAGCAAUUGAAGCGAACACGAUUAAGUAUAUGCAAACUGACUGAUCUGAACAUAUUAAAGAGGAACUUUAUAGUUUCUAGAGAAGCUGAGGUGUUGCGUCGAUCGGAAAGUAAAACACAAACGUUUGGUUUUAUCAACUAGAUGGCCACCGUAUUAAACUACGGCCGUGGCCAUUUUCUGUUACCAACUGGCUCAGUUAACAAGCCAAAUUUUUAUACAAACACCUGCUUUGCUGGGCAAUGAUAAAUGGCGGAAUUACUCGCUGGAUUAUUAAAGCUCGAGUUUAGAAAUAUGUUUAAAACUAAACUCAAAAUCUAUGCCUCAACGCUUUCUGAUACCAGUUGUAUUUGUAUUUAGUUUAGUUGAUGUACUGAGUAUGGUAUGAGGGCCACUCUCCCAGAGAUUUGGGGGAAUAAGGCAACACGAGUUAUUUACUUUCAUGGAAGAAGUUAUAUCUUGAGAUGACUUUUAGGGAACAGGGGAAUUUUUGAGUUUUUCAGGUAACCGGGGAACAUUGAAUCUCUACCUUUAAUUGAAAGAGGAUCCAACAGCAUACUUUUACUAAUCGGGCCCUUAACGAGGCGAAUUUCUCAGUUAGUUGCGACUUGUUUGUGAGUGUACCAAGGCCUCAUUUCAAUAUGUCUGGUGAAGAGUUUGUUUCGCGUGUUAAGCUUUAAUUUAUAGUUCAAAUACCAUUGGCUUGACUCGAACACCAUCACGAUUUUACUGUUCCGGAAGCUUUGGAAACUUGGCAAAAUUGACUGUUGAGGACCAUGUGGAAUUACUUUAUGGCCGGAACGAGGGAGAAACUUCAAAUUAUUGAAGGGACAGCAAGGGAUGACAUUGAAUUUUAAUGCCAUAAUUAAGACACAUUAAAAAUGACGAUACUUUUUAAUGUUUGUUUUAGUUGUCUUAAUUCAGGCAUCCGUUUUCACUAAAUAAGGAUGAAGUUGAAAUAGUGGAUACGUAGCUAGAACUCAGUUUCAAGAGAAAAGUACGUCAUGAGCUUUUCGCGCGCUUUGCUUCUUAUAACAAACCCAAAAGUUAUAAAACCGACCUUGUUGCGAACAUAUUUACAUUUUUUCCAGACAUUGAGGCUGACCUCAAGCUUGGUCAAUUAUGCAUACAUGUAUAAACGGUGAUGGCUCAAGCUUGUAAACUUAACAGCAUGUGUUAUUGAAAUUUUCUGUCAAAUUGAAUUACGGUAUAAUAUAAGCUCUCAUAGGUAAAGCUUGCAAAGCACCGAAAACACCUGAAAAAUCAUUGAAUAGACCACCGAGUUAGUUUUACCUGGUUCAUCACAUGCACAGUUCGACUAUAUGGUUUGAAAAACUACAAAACUCAGUGCUAAACCCCCAUCCCAUUUCUUCUCUGUCUGCUGGCCCGACGAAACGAGCCCAUAUUGUUUUCUUUGACGUCAGCUUUAACGAACAAUUGACAAAACUCGCAGAUGGGCUUUAAGUUAUUAGUGAAAGACUUGAAAGACCCACGAGUCAUAUCACUUUCCACCCAAAUUAACUAAAAGCGAAAUAUUAAUAAAGCAAUCACUUGGAUCUCAAUGCAUUGCUGACAAAAAUGUUACCAGGGACAAACUUCACUGAAGAUGAAAACCAGAAAACGUACGAAGAACUGGUCUGCUCGGCGGAAUUUAUCAGACGUGUAGACGGCGAGCUUAUUUUUAUUUCAGCUCUAAAUAUUUUUCUUUCCAUCACUGCAUUUCUGGGGAACACUCUGAUCCUAGUUGCUCUGCACAAGGACACUUCACUUCAUCCAACGUCCAAACUCCUGUAUCGUAACCUGGCGAUAACUGAUCUCUGUGUUGGUAUCAUUGUGGAGCCUCUGUUUGUGACUUAUUGGACUUCUGUCGUGAAAGAAAGAUGGGAUAUUUGCUAUCACGCAUAUUUGGCAGGAGUUUUCUCAAGUUAUACUUUGUGUGGAGUGUCUUUAACAACUUCGACUGCAAUAAGUGUGGACAGACUUCUCGCCUUGUUGCUGGGUCUCAGAUACAGACAAGUUGUAACUUUGAGAAGAACAUGUAUAAUUUUUUUUGGUUUUUGGAUUUUGGCGAUCGUUGGUUCAUCUUCUAUAUUUUGGAAUCCUCAGAUACUUCUUUGGCAUCAAUACAUAGGUACAGCUCUGUGUUUAGUCACCACAAUCUUCGCCUACACAAAAAUUUCCUAUACUCUGCGUCAUAAUCAAAUACAUGUUCAGAACCAUGUUGCUCAAGGACAACCGAGCCAAGCAAUUCCCGCACUGAACAUAGCUCGAUACAGAAAGGCGGUGUACAGUGCACUGUGGGUGCAGGGAACAUUGGUUGUUUGUUAUCUGCCGUUUUGCAUCGUGGAGGCUUUGAGACCUCAAAGAGGCAUUUCUUUAUCCGUUUACCUUCCACGGCAAUUUGCGUUUACCUUAGUGUAUUUGAACUCAUCAUUAAACCCAUUGUUGUACUGCUGGAAGAUCAGAGAAGUGAGGCAAGCUGUAAAAGAAACAUUAAGGCAAAUGUUCCGUUGUUAG